CUUUGUUUCCCACUCAACGUAGCUCAUAUAUUAUAUAUAGGUUGAAGUUAAGGACAAUCUAGAGAUUUGAACACAAUUGCCGCCACAAAACAGUUCCAAAUUUAUUUUGACGGUUUUUUUUUAAGUUUUACCAAAAGACCAACUGAUAAGAAAAUGAAUUAUCUGAUUCAACGCGGCAAACUGCGCCAGCAGGCAAUCAAUGUGCCCGAGGGUCUGCCGGAGCUGCUUUCCGACAUAACUCGUGAAGUGCUGCGCUGUCAGCCGACCAAGGAGUGCCUGUGCCAAUUCAUCAUCGACUAUUUGCACUCGGUGAUUGUCACACGAGAGAAGGCCUUGGUGGCCAAAAGCAUUUUGGAUCGCGCUCUUCGCCAGGUGGACAGCAUUAUAUCCGACUUGUGCGUUUGCGAUCUGACCAAGGAGAAAUCGGAUGAGAUGGCUCAGGUUAUGGAGGAUUGCUUCCGCAACUUCCUGGAGAAACGUCGCUGUGAGAUGCGCCGCGGCAAGGAGACCAUUAAGUUCGUCGACAUUGACAUGCUCGAGGAGCUCAUACGUAAGUGUAAAUUCUCCGAGGAAGAACUUGACGCCUCGCGGCCGGCAAUUGCGAGCGCCUACAAGCGUUUCGUGGACGCCUACAUGGCCGCAGGCAAAGAGUCCCAGGGGACUGAGCUGCUCUAUCAAUACUUCCGCGAUCGCGAGCUCAAGCGCCUUGAUGAGCUGAUGCGCAAUAAUGCGGCCACCACCAUACAAUCCGCCUUUCGGGGCUAUGUCGUGCGCCGCAUGAUGGACCAACACGUCUGCCUGUGCACCUGCAUGCUCCAGGAUAAGGAUGACGACGAAUACAUGCGCCUGGACAGAGCUGCCCGCGUGCUACAGCGCUUCUUCCGCUACGUUCUAACGCGCCAGGCGAUUAAGCCGAUUGGAGAUCCUUGCCAGGAGCAGGAAACGCCAGAUGACAAAGAUGAUGCCACAGCUGGAGCCACAGCUGUAAGCACAGCUUUAAGCACAGCUGCAACCACAGCUGCAACCACGGCUGCAACCACGGCUGCAACCACGGCUGCACCAACGGCUGCACCAACGGCUGCACCCACGGCUGCACCCACGGCUGCACCCACUGCCGCACCCACUGCCGCACCCACUGCCGCACCCACUGCUGUCACUUCAGCCGUUCCAUCCCAAACGGACUUGGCCCAACCUGAAGCUAAGCCAGAAGAAUCUGCUCCAGACGCAGCACCAGCAGCUGAAGAGCCACCAGCACCAGAGCCAGAGCCAGAAGCAGCACCAGCUCCAGCGCCAGAGCCAGAACCAGAGCCAGCUCCAGCACCGGCGGAAGAGGCGCCACCACCAGCCGCUGAAGAACCAGCACCACCCGCUGCAGAGGAAGCACCGCCAGCCGAGGAGGCACCGCCAGCCGAGGAAGCACCACCUGCUGAAUAGCAUUAGGUGCCCUUUUCUUUCGUUUAUGUUCUCUUGUUUAAAAACGGACAGAUGCUUCGCGCGUCCUUUGAAAUUGAUGGAUUCGUGAUCUUUAAGCUUGUAAAUUAGUUCAACGUGAAUUGCAUAUAUUUGAAAUGUCUUGAGCAUAUUAAAUAAAAAAGCUGCUCAGAC